AUGCAGCUUCUUUACGAAAAACUUGGUGGCCUAAGAGUUGGAGCUGAUGGAGACAUGGGAGUGGAUGAUAAAUCGAUUGCCCUUGAUGCCGUCAACAAGGAAGCUAUUGAUCUGGAGAACAUGCCCCUCAAAGAAGUAUUUGAACAUCUCAAAUGUACAAAAGAGGGUCUGAGUACCGAUGCAGUUCAAGAACGGUUGGAACUGUUUGGAUACAACAAACUUGAAGAGAAAAAGGAAAGUAAAAUAUUGAAGUUUUUGGGCUUUAUGUGGAAUCCUCUGUCAUGGGUCAUGGAAGCAGCCGCUUUAAUGGCCAUUGCUCUUGCACAUGGAGGGCAUAAGGGCACAGAUUAUCAUGACUUCUUUGGCAUCUUGAUCUUGCUCAUUAUCAACUCUACCAUCAGUUUUAUUGAGGAAAAUAAUGCUGGCAAUGCGGCUGUUGCUCUUAUGGCUCGAUUAGCUCCAAAAGCCAAGGUCCUGCGUGACGGGAAGUGGAGUGAGGAAGAUGCUUCAGUGUUAGUUCCUCUUGAAGGAGAUCCUCUAAAAAUUGAUCAGUCUGCUCUUACCAGAGAAUCACUUCCUGUAACCAAGAUUUGA